AUGUCCAACCCCGUCGCCGUCAUCACGGGCGCCUCCUCCGGCAUCGGCCUGGCCCUGACGCAGCACCUGCUCUCCAAAUCCUGGGACGUCGUGCUCCUCGACCUCAACCCGCCGCCCGCCAGCGCCUCGCUGCCCGCGGACCGGCACCUCUUCCUCCGCACCGACGUCUCGUCCUGGCCCAGCCAGGCCGCCGCCUUCGCCCGCGCCCACAGCUGGCGCCAGCGCCUCGACCUCGCCGCCCUCAACGCCGGCAUCGACGACCGCGACAGCAUCUUCCCCGCCCUCCCCGCAUCCAUCACCCCCGCCUCCCCUCCCCCCACCGAACCCGACACCACCACCUUCGCCGUCAACCUCCUCGGCGUCUACGCCGGCAUCAAGCUCUUCGCCCACUACGCCUCCAUCCCUCUACAACCCCCAGCCACCUCCGCCGCCUCCCCCCCGCGCCCCCGCCCCCGCCCCACCAUCAUCGUCACCUCCUCCGCCGCCGGCCUGUACCCCCUCCCCGCCGUCCCGCAGUACGCCGCGACCAAGCACGCCCUCAUCGGGCUCGUCCGCUCGCUCGCCCCCUCGGCCGCCGCGCGCGGCUUCGCCGUCAACGCCGUCUGCCCGGACAUGGUCCCCAGCAACCUCGCGCCGCCGGGCCUCAUGGAGGCGUACCCGGCCGCCGGCAAGACGUCCAUGGCGACGAUGAUGCGGGCGUUCGACGAGCUGCUGCCACGGGCGGCGUUCGGCGACGACGCUGAAGACGACAGCACGCGGAACGGGAUGGUGGUCGAGGCGAGUGUGGGCGAGGUCGUUUAUCGGGAGGCGCCGGCGCCGAAUGCGAAGGCGGUGGGGCCCGAGGUGGCGGCGCUGUGGGAUCGCGUGUAUCGGGAGAGGAACAUUCGGUUUGCGAGGGAGGCGGAGGAGAGGGCGAGGAGGAGGACGGCGGGGGCGGGGGCGGGGGCGGACGAGGGGCGGGGCGGAGGUGGAGGCGGAGGCGGAAGUGGCAGUGGCGGUGGCGGUAGGGAGAGCAAGUUGUAA